AUGGCAACCGGGUCGGUGUAUUCUCAUUGCAAGGGCAUCCGAACCUGGUGCAAGCAUCACGUUCCCGUGCCGGUGCUAAAGUUUUUCUUCGGCGAACCUGAGCAAUGCAGAGUGCCGCGCUCCGUCUUUGGCUUCGUAUUCGGACUCUUCAUGGGUUACUGUGGCACCCUCUUUUUCUGGGUGGAGUCAGUCUUCUACGUGGGCAUCGUGCGCGAGCUGUUCACCACGGAGCUGACGCUUCGCUGCAUGGGCACCGCCGUCAUACUGCUCACGGGCGCCGGCUACGCGCUCUCGGCCAGAGCCCGCGCCAUUUCCUGGCUCCUGGUGCCCUUUCUCUGUGGUCGGGCUGGUCGAUCAGCUCUGGUCACCGCCAGCGUAUCGCUCAUCCUUCGAGGUCCAAUCGAGAGUAUGAUGAUCAACAGCAAAGUGGCCGUGGACUCGUUCAUGUGCCUCGGUGCUCUCUCCUACAACCACACCAAGGAACGCCUUCUGUUGAUGUACAAGCCCAUCAAGAGGAUCAUCUGGGACUUCGACGAGCAGGCGAAAGUGAUUCACAAUGAAACUUCGGCCAUCGACCAAGAGGUGAAACCAAUAGAAAAAGAGGUGUCCGGCGACGACCGCGAGACAAGAGCGCUCGAGGCGGACGCCGAAUACGUGGACAAAGUGUCCGACAACGACCCACGCUCGAAGCUGGUACGCGAGAAGUACCAAGAGCUCAAGAAAGAGCUGGAAAGCGACGGCGAAAUCGAGGCUGACUACGCUAAAAAGCUCGAGCUGCGAUGCGAAGGCAUUUUCUCGCAAGGAGUCAGGGCCUGCCGGAACGCGUUCAAGUCCGCGGAGGCGCGCUGCUUCGAGGCGCUCUCUAUCCUGGGCUACUUGCUGUGCUGGCCGAUGAAGCUGACCAUCCUCUGUCACGUCCUGCAUUCUCUUGACGCAGCUUUUCUGGGGAAAAGAACCUGCGAUGGGAUGCAGCCCAUAAAUGCCGGAUUCGGUCAGAGCAUCUCCGCCAUGGAAGCUGUCAAGCGAGAAUUCGAUGCCAACUUUAGGGUCAACGUGCAGUACAAGCUGAUAACUCCCGAGGACGCAAUCAACGUCAUCAGCCCCGAAGACUUGGCCAAAGGCGUUCAGGCGGAGUUCGAAAAUCGCCACAGGGUCAUUCCUCUCAUCUCUAUCGCACUGAGUCGCCUCUUCGCGGUAGUUCUUCUCUCGGCUGUCUUGGAGGCUAAGAAUUACGUUGAAAAAUUCCUCGAUGAUCUGGCCUUCGACAACAUCUACGUUACCGAGUAUUUCUGCAAGAUCGACGAGAGGCGAGCACGAAAGGGUCUGGACACUCUUUUGCCGCUCAAGCGAUACGAAGCCAUAGACAUAUACGACCCAGUCGAGUUCCGCUUCUCGCGCAAGGAAACAACAGUGAUGAUGCGUGAGGUGGCAUCCCAGCUUGUGCACGUGGUCUUUGGCAGCAUCGUACUCGGCCUGGAUUACCUCAUCUACGACGUUCUGGAUAUAAUACGACGCAACGCCGAAGUCGAAUUCAUUCAAGAAGGAUUCCACCGCGUCGCCCUGCAAGUGUUCGGCACGGGCGCUGUGAGUAACCUAGUGCGCGAAAUCUUCAAGGACUUCGACGUCGAAGAGAAGCUGGAGCGUAUUGCCAGCAACGCGCACUGCCUGCCCAGUCCGGUGAGAACAUCGCGCUGGCUCAUCCUGCAACUCUACCUCGUCUACGGUGCCCUCAUUGCGCUCGUAUUCGUGCAGCUGUUCACCACGAGGAUGAGGAGGGCCGUAUGUGCCUACUUCUUCAGCAAGCGGGAGAAGAAGCGUGUCCUGCACCUGUACAACAAAACGUUGAAGCAGAGGGCAGGUUACCUGGGGUACGUGCGCCGCCGGAUCAGGAAGCUGGUGCGAGACAGGGAGUUUGACCUCGACGUCGGGUGGUUCGAGUUCGUGCGCAAGAUGGCGCCACGCACCUACCGCCUGCUCCAGCUGCUAGGCGUCGCUCAUCAGCGCUGCUGCCUGGUGUGCGGAGACCCCGAGGACUCUGCUUCGUACGUGUGCCCCACCGAAGUGUGCCAAUGCAUCUACUGCUUUCCAUGCUGGAGCGAAAUAGGGAGAUGCUAUGCCUGCGAACCCUCAGAGGACGAAGAAUCACCCCUGUCUGACGGAAGUCCACCGUUCGUGCCCUAAACGAAACAGCCAGAAUUCCAUUUUUACGUUCUUAUACUGACAUGAAGUGACAUCUUUUAAAUGGUUUACCACGUUGCCCAUGACAAAUAAAGGAAAUAGGUUU